AUGACUGCCCCCGCAGAAGCUCAUGACGCCGCCGCUGCCGCGGGCCUCCGCCUGGACUACGAUGUCAUCGUGGUGGGCGCCGGCAUCAUGGGAAGCUGCGCGGCGCACGCGGCCGCGUCCCGCGGCGCGCACACCCUGCUCCUGGAGCGCUUCGACCUGCUCCACCAGCUCGGCUCCUCGCACGGCGACUCCCGCAUCAUCCGCGACGCCUACGUGAAGGCGCAGUACCCACCCGUGGUGCGCCUCGCCCGCCGCCUGUGGGCGGACGCGGAGGCGGAGUCCGGGUACCGCGUGCUCACCCCUGCCCCGCACCUCUCCAUGGGCCCGCGCGGCAACGCCGCGCUGCUCGCCGCCGUCAAGAGCGCCGGCGCGGAGGAGGUGGACCUAAGCCAGAUGUGGGGAGGCGCGUUCCAGGCACCGGCGGAAGGGUGGGUGACCGCGGUGAGCGAGCGCGGCGGCGGCGUGCUGAACGCGACCAAGGCGGUGGCCAUGUUCCAGGCGCUCGCCGUCAAGAUGGGCGCCGUGGUCAGGGACAACGCCGAGGUCGUGGACAUCAGCAAGGGGCCGGAGGGAGGCGUCGUGGUGACGACGAGCGCCGGCGAGGAGUUCCACGGCGCCAAGUGCGUCGUGACGGUGGGCGCGUGGACGAGCAAGCUUCUCAGGUCCGUCGCCGGCGUGGAGAUCCCCAUCCAGCCGCUGCACACGCUGACCCUCUACUGGCGCAUCAAGCCCGGCCGCGAGCGCGGCCUGACGGCGAAGGCUGGCUUCCCGACGUUCUCCAGCUACGGCGACACGCCCGUUUACGGCACGCCGUCGCUUGAGCUCCCGGGCCUCAUCAAGAUCAGCUGCGACGGCGGGCCGCCGUGCGACCCGGACAACCGCGACUGGGCCUCCGGCGACAGAGAGAUCACCGACCGGGUGGCUACGUGGAUCCAGGACUUCAUGCCGGGCCACGUGGACUCCGCCGGCGGGCCGGUCGUCCGGCAGUCGUGCAUAUGCUCCAUGACGCCAGACAAGGACUUCGUCAUCGACUGGCUGGGUGGGGAGUUCGGGGAGGACGUGGUGGUCGGGGCCGGGUUCUCUGGGCACGGCUUCAAGAUGGGGCCGGCGGUGGGCAGGAUCCUGGCUGAGAUGGCCAUCGACGGCGAGGCCAGGACUGCAGUGGAGGCCGGCGUGGAACUCGGCCACUUCAAGAUCAACAGGUUCAACGGUAAUAAGGACAAUUAG